CAGACAACACUCUAUCCGACUUCACAAACAUCCAUCCCCACAAGUCUCAGUGGUCUUUAGACUAUCGAGAAUGCAUGGUCAACGAAUUUUUGGAGUGGCGACGUCGGGAAUUCAUUGCCCUUACUUCGGUUGGCUUUCCGACAAGGUCUCAGACGACUGGUCUGGAUUUAUUCCAGAAAGUGGGAGAUGAGUAG